AUGUUAGCUAGGCAACUAACAACAGAGUCAAGCUCUCUUGUUAGAGAAUUCUCGACUUCUUCAAUUGCACAUGCUAGGAAGUCCUUUCGUAAGGACGUUUCCCACCAUAAGAAUAUGGUCAAGUUCUUUGGUCCUAAGAAUAUCGUGGGUGAAUACCAUAAGAACAUAUACUACUAUCCAAACCAAAGUAAUAGACCAAAUUAUAUUGAUCCUCAAACAAACCCUGUUGUAGGUCAGCGUGGCACUUUUGAAAACACCUCCAGAUCAGUGAGAAGUAGAAAUCCAUCAAUCCAUCCAUUCCCUCAUAAUGUCAAUACCAAGACAAAUUUAAUGUUGUCAGAUUUCUUAAAAGAUGAAAUAGUGAGAGAUGUAAGAGAAAAUGGAUUACACAUUCAAGAAGUAUCACAUAAAUAUGGUAUCAACCAAUUAAGAGUAGAGGCUGUUUUAAAAUUAAGAGCUGUGGAAGAAAGUUUUAACGAAACUUCUGGGUUAGAUGCCCAAGAAAAGAAGGAUUUGCAACAUUUUGCUGAUGUAAUGAAGAGAAUGUUCCCACUUUAUCAAGGUGGUAAUAACGGUGAUAAUUUGACUGAAAUUCCAACUCCAAAGAAGAUGUUGCAACAAAGAUUCUUGACUAUUGCUGAAUCACAACCAUUUGGUCCAUUGGAUGCAGCUAAGGUAUUAGAUUUAGAACCUGCUGUUGACACAUUAAAGGAAUUAAGUAAGGUCAAAUCUAAAGAAGAACGUGAAAAAGAAGUUUCUAGUAAGAAAGAAACUAUGAUUCAACUGUAUUUAAAUUUAUUCUUAAAGAAAGUGAAGACACUGGGUUCCGUUAUGGUGCUGCUAGAAGAGAUAGAAAGAAGGAUAGAAGGAUUGGGUUUGAUCGUUCCGGUAAAAUGGUUUACCUUGUAUAAACUCCUUAAACUUGUAUAUAUUUAG